AAUAGUAACACUUUAUUAGAAUUGAAAAAUGCAAACAAAUGUUAAUAAGCAUGGCUAAUAGCUGUCUGCUUGUUUUGGGUUUCCUUUAUGGAUAAUUUGAGAGUGAUUUAAUUAUUAGUGAGAAGUGCAGUCUGAAAGAGGCAUUGAUGAAAAAAUUAAGUAUGCCAUAGACCAUUAAAUAAAUUAGUUAGAUAUGGAUAGUACCAUUGGGUAAAAUGGAUGGAGGAAAUUGAGUACUCCACCUACUGGUGAAAUAAUUCAGUUAAUAGGAAAAAAUGAAUUUAUGAAUGUGUGAGAGUGUGGAUUUAAAAAUAGCAUCAGGGUCUGAAAUGACCUAGCUGUUGACAGCUAGAGCCUAACUUUGGUGUGAUGAAUAAGACCAAGGUCUGACCUCGAACUGCCAAAACACGAGGUAUGGGAUUUUCAGAGAAGCCAUAAAUUGGAUUCCAUACAAUGUGUAUUGUCAGAGGGCAUCCUUGCAUAUUAGCCAUAGAGGGAGCAUUCAGAAAAUCCCAGUGGCGACAGUGUGAAUCGAACUCACAGCUGCAAAGUCUAUAAGUCUGUCACACUAAUCACUCGACUACCAUGAUCCCGAAUGUGCAGAGUGGAGCUUAGAUUAUAUACAAGCUGGCUUCUUUACAACCUACCACGACUGGUAUUCAUCUAUUGUUUUUUUAUAUAGAGCUCCUCAUUUAGCUGAGGCUUUUUACAGAACCCAAAGCUUUUUCAAGAGCUCCCCGGAUUAGGAAUCUCAGCCUACAUAGGCCUUCACAACGGAGGAUAUGUUCCUCUGUUUCUUCUUCUUCUUCUUCUUCUUGGCAAUAUCUGCACAGGCUUGUUUCUGCCACUUUGAGUCCAUACAUGUGUCUCUGGAGUUUGCAGUCAGCAGUCCAACUACCAUUCUAGACCUAGCACGUCCUAGAUUUAGUAGUUCUGCUGUUAGUUUCUGCGAUGGUCCUUUGAUAAACUUUUUUACAUGCCUCUGACCUGGGCUACAGUCCCAUUGAAUGGAGGACUUAUUUUUAAUCUGUUGCCUAAUGGAUCCACAUUUUUGGCACAUUUUGGUAUGCCUAAAAUAGUGGAGCUAUAUAAAACAGUAAUCAGUAAAAAAUUGAUUAAGUGCACCUCAACUUUAAUUUUUAUAUGUGAGUAGCUCUUUAAACCAGUUGCGAAUGCAGAACAUUACAGCAGUAGUUUGAGAAAUAUAUUUCUAGACAUAAUACUAGAUUUAACAGUUCUGCUGUUAGUUUCUGGGAUGGUCCUUUGAGAAACUAUUUUGCAUGUCUCUGUCCUGAGCUAAAUUCCCAUUGAACAGAGGACUUAUUUUUAAUACAUUGUCUAAUGGACCCACAAUUUUGGCAGUUUGGUAUACAGUUAGGUAUUUUGGCCUUAAAGAGUAGAGCUUAUAUAAAUGAGUAAUCAGUAAAAAAAAAUCUAUUAACUGCACUUCAACUUUAAGUUUUAUAUAUAAGUAACUCCUUAAACCAGUUGCGAGUGCAGAACUUUACAGCAAUAGUUUGAGAAAUACAUUUCUAGAUAAAAUCCACUAUAUCAGUAUUACUUUUAUAUAGUUACUUCUCAGAAGAAAAUAAUUUAAAAUUGAACAAGCAUAUUUGGUAAUGUAUAGCAUUGUUGAAAAAAAUUUUCCUUUCUAUUUUUACAGCACAGAAGUCAGUCAAAUAUCACCAUUUUUCUAUAAUCAGUAGUUGUCCAUCUUGUCUGAGCAGGAUGGUGCAAAACAAUAGACUUGUAUUAGUUAAAAAUAAUAACCUGGUGAAAGUUAGUGAGUUGUGCGCAGUCAACACAGAAGUUUUAUUGCAUAAUGAAAUAUUUAUGAUAUACAGGCUACAUUUACAUUGAUAUUACUAUUUUUUGAAAUUGUGAAUUUAACCAUCUAUUUAUUUUAAGAAAUAGAACUUAAAAAACUGACUAAAUAUGUGUUGGGGUUUUUAUUAUAAAAGUAGGUGGCAAGGAUACUAUACUAAACAGAAAUUUAUAGACUUAUGUAUAAACUGCCCAAAAGUGCUCAGUAAGUUGUAAAAUUUUAUUUUAUUUCUUAAACUGUUUUGUUUUAAAUAUUUCCAAAUUUUCACAUAUGAGACAAUAGUUGUUCAAAUUUUUCACCAUUACACUAUUGUUUGUUGACACUGCACAUAUUCGUAUAUUUAUUAGUUCUUUUAUUAAAAGUUGUCAGCAUAAUGAGACAGAUGGAGCCUAACUGUGAACUUCAACCUUCUGAAAACUUGGAAUUGGGAAGAAAUAAGCAUUCAAUUCUUCUGGACAGGGAGCAUUCUUCUAUUGAACAAGUAAGAGAUGCCAUUAUUAAAGUUAUGGACCGUGAUGUAAAAGCAGUUGAUUUAAAAUUCACCCUCUACAAGGCAGCUUGUGAUAAGCUACUGCCGAAAAAUCAACUAGAUCCUUGUCCACCCAUAUUUACUACAAGCGAUCCAAUGGAAGCUAGGAAGAUAAUGUUACAUUACAAUGAGCUGCUGCCAGGCAUGCCAUUUCUAAGACAUUAUUUACGACACCCAGAUAAAUUUGAAAUGCCCAUUGAAGUUUUUGAGAUAAUCAUGUGGUUAGUGUUAGACUUACAGGAACCAGAUAUCAAAUCAGUCCAGCCAAGGUAUUACAGCAACAUUAUCAACAUGGUUGCUCCGGGAAACAAUCUCAAAGCACCGUCCAUUAUUUUCAAUCUAACUUUUUCAAAAACAUCAAAUUACGAAUUCCACUGGCAUAGGAAGUCAUUUCAAAAAUGGACGAAGUACGGAUUUUACCCUUGUAACAUGGAAGACCUUCACAGCAUGAUAUACAAAGAUUUGAUCGUAACUACCAACUUAAAGUCUCAGUUCAAGUGGAAUACUCAAAAAGUAACUCUAUACACAAACUUGAGUUAUUGCUUGAAUAAAGCUCCACAAUCUUGGACUUGGGGUAAAAGCUUAAUAGGGACAAACAUCAAAUCGAUCUGCAUUGUUGAAUUUAUUGAUCAUCCAGGUUAUGCAAAAAAAGUCAUUGUGUCUAAGAAAAUUAAAAGUGACACUGGUUCCCAAGAUAUCGAGUUGAAAAACUAUGAAAUUAUCCAUCCGGAAUAUGCGAGAAUUAAGUACAUACUUCUUUAUGUCUACAACUCCCAAACAUUAAGCAACCAGCCAAAAUAUAGAUGGUGGGAAGGCGAGAAACAGUUUCUAGUCGCUUGCACUCUUGCACUGGCUUUUCUGGCAGGAUGCACCGUUGGGCGUCUGCUCCGUGGAAAAUUUUCGUCUUCGACAUGAAUUAUUGUUUGUCACUUGUGAAAUGUGCUAAUAUUGGAACAAAAAGGCUUAAAUAAAAUUUACAAAUAAUCCAUUGUUAUAAGUAUAAUUAAACCAGCUGACUAAUUUUCUUUCACUGGAAUAAAAAUACACUUAACUAUG